AUGGUUGGAAGUUCCAUGGUGAUCCGCUCCAACAUGGCUUCCCCAGCUGUCAUGCAGUUGUCGUCGCUGUCGCGCAGGUCGCUUUCGACGCGAUCGCCAGCCCUCGCUCUCCGGUUGUCUCGCCCUCUGAGAUCCGGUACUUCCUCGCAGCAGUCUGUCCAGCGCACCUUCCGUCGCUCCUACGCCGAUGCGGCUCCUGCCCCCAAGCCCAAGAAGCGACUCAGGUUCCUGCGCUGGGCCUGGCGUCUGACCUGGCUCUCCGGUGUCGGUCUCACCGGCGCCCUCCUUUACAGCAUCUAUGAACAGCGCCAUCCCCUUGAACAGAUCGAACCCGACCCGACCAAGAAGACCCUUGUCAUCCUCGGUACGGGAUGGGGUUCAGUUUCUCUGCUGAAGAAACUCGAUACCGAGAACUACAAUGUCGUCGUCAUCUCUCCUCGAAACUACUUCCUCUUUACUCCUCUCCUCCCCUCUUGCACCACUGGUCAGGUCGAACACCGCUCGAUCAUGGAGCCCAUUCGUAACAUUCUCCGCCAGAAGAAGGCCCACGUGAAGUUCUACGAAGCCGAGGCUACCAAGAUCGACUACGAGAAACGCGUUGUCUACAUCAGUGACGAUUCUGAGAUCAAGGGUGACAUCUCUCACACCGAGGUGCCUUUCGACAUGCUCGUUGUCGGUGUCGGUGCCGAAAACGCUACUUUCGGUAUUAAGGGUGUCAAGGAGCACUCUUGCUUCCUGAAGGAAGUUGGCGACGCGCAGAAGAUUCGCAAGCGCAUCAUGGACUGCGUCGAGACCGCUAUGUUCAAGGAUCAGCCUGAGGAGGAAGUCAAGCGACUUUUGCACAUGGUCGUUGUUGGUGGUGGCCCCACCGGUGUUGAAUUCGCCGGUGAGCUGCAGGACUUCUUUAACGAGGACCUGAAAAAGUGGAUUCCUGAGAUCAAGGAUAACUUCCACGUUACCCUCGUCGAGGCUUUGCCCAACGUCCUUCCCAUGUUCUCCAAGCAACUGAUCGACUACACGGAAUCGACCUUCAAGGAAGAAGCCAUUACCAUUCGCACUAAGACUAUGGUCAAGAACGUUACCGACAAGUAUAUCGAGGCCGAGGUGACCAAGCCCGAUGGAACCAAGGAAUUGGAGACCAUUCCCUAUGGCCUGCUGGUUUGGGCCACUGGUAACGCUGUCCGUAAUGUUGUCCGGGACCUGAUGAACCAGAUCCCUGCUCAGAAGAACUCGCGCCGUGGUCUGGCUGUGAACGAGUACCUGGUUGUCAACGGUGCGGAGAACGUCUGGGCCGUCGGUGACUGUGCCGUUACCAACUAUGCCCCCACUGCCCAGGUUGCCAGUCAGGAAGGUGCUUUCCUUGCCCGCCUUUUCAACACCAUGGCCAAGACUGAGGCUAUCGAAAAGGAGCUGAAGAAGCUCUCCGAGGCUCAGGCCGAGGCGAAGAAUGAGGAGGAGCGCAACAAGAUUUUCGACGAGAUCCGCGAGCGCCAGAAGCAGUUGCGGAGAACCAAGCAGAUUGGCCCCUUCCAGUACUCUCACCAGGGAAGUCUGGCUUAUAUUGGAAAGGAGCGUGCGGUUGCAGACAUCAGCUGGCUGAGCGGCAACAUCGCGAGUGGUGGAACAGUCACCUACCUCUUCUGGCGCAGUGCCUACCUGAGCAUGUGCUUCAGCAGUAAGUGCCUCCUUCACUCUACCAAUUACAAUCUCGUUCCUUUCCCCUUUCUAACAACUUCGAUAGCACGUAACCGUGUCCUGGUCGCUGCCGACUGGCUCAAGGCCAAGAUCUUUGGACGUGACGUCUCUCGGGAGUAA